GCAUAGAUAAUACUCUGCUCUAUUUGUCUAUGCUACUCUACAUAACCUCAAUAAUUUGUGCUAAUUUUAAAUACUUUUAAAUGUUAUUUUGAAGAUUUUAACUGGAACUAUUUAAAUUUAAAACAAUUUUUGCCCUUUUAGUAUAAGUUUUAAAAGUAUGGAGUAUGAAGAAAAAGAAAUUUAUUUAUUUCUCGAUUUUAAAGGCGUACUUCCUCCAACCACUUUUAAACGAAAUAAAAUGUUUUUCAAGAUGAUAAAUUUGGAUUCUGAUACACCCCUUGUACAGUUAGAUGAUGUUUUAUACAAGGGCAAAUACAGUGACACUAUUGGCACAAAUGUAUUUUUUGAAGAAGUUGAAGAGGACGGCAGAGAAGCUCUUGACAAACCAACCCCUAUAAGAUUAAAACAUCUUCUAAAUCAAACAAAAUUAUUAGAAAUGGAACGUGUUAAACUGCCGGAUAAUAUGUUGCCAACUGAUGAAAAUAAUUGCGUAAAAGUAAAAUUUGAUUGUGAUUAUAAACUAGUACUAGAUAAAAUAAGUAAUGGUUCUUUUCGUAUAGAAGAUUAUGUUGUUGAAAAUGUUCACUCAGAAUCUGAAGACGAAGAAAGUGCAACAGUGGAAAACAAGAUCAUUUCUAUACACAGCAAUGAUGAUACACCAAAGCAAAUAAACUUGGCUUCUCAAGCAAAUGAAAUAACAAGAAGCCCUGCCCAAAACAAACCCACUGAAGCAAGCAAUGCAACUAUCACUGACUCAUCUGUGGUAAAGCACAAGGAAAUUGAGCAAAUUUAUAUCAAGGAAGAGGAAUCAAGCUACAAUCAAAGUCUUAAUGCAUUAAGAAGAGCUGCCCAAGAACCACUCCACAUACAACAAAAACAUGAGAUGAUCCAAAUUUCACCUGAUCUUAAAUUCAAUGUUAAUUUAUUACCUUAUGCAGCAAUAGAUCUUUUACUGCAAAAUAUGAGUCUAGAAGAAAUAACUCUUAAAACUAACAUGGACAGUUUUUAUGGUUUCUUUGAUUCCAAGUCAAUCAUAAAGCAUGGUGCUUUAAAACCAUUUCACAAAAUAUCAGAAAUAAAUGAACUAUUAAAUAUUAAUAACUUUGAAAAUUUAGGAAUAAUUGGUAAACUGUGUGUUCUAAUGCAAUAUUUAAGAGCAGAAGAACAACAUUUAAAAGAAAUGCCUAAAGAAGAAUUAUUAAAAGUAGAUUCGUUUGGAUAUACACUUCUUCAGAGACAUGAAUUACUUAAAUUAUUUGCUACAAAAACUGUCCAUGUUAUUUCUAAAAAAAUUAAGACUCACUAUCUACGAAAAAUGUAAUAUAUUCAUAAAUAUUAUUUACAUAAUAAACCAAAUAUCUGAUCAUGUG